AUGUCCCAUCCACAAGAGGCCACCGAAGACGACUUGGCUCCUACCGAAACCCAAGGCUACAAGGUCGGUCAAAGCAAGACCGUCGCAGAGCUUGCUGCUCUUGAUCAGGAAGACGAGUCUCUUCAACGUUGGAAAGCUUCCCUCGGUCUGGCUGCUUCUGCAGGUGCGGGUGGUAACAAAAAGGUUGUUCUUAAAACCCUCUUCCUCAUGACUAUCAAAGAGGGUGUCGAAUACUCCGUUGGUAUCACCUUUACCGUCGAGAACGAAAUCGUCUCCGGGUUGCGAUUCUUACAAGUCGUCAAGAGGUCAGGUGUCAAGGUCGAUAAGACAGAGGCAAUGCUUGGAUCUUACGGCCCUCAACCAGCACCUUACACCAAAGUCUUCGCUUCCGAGGAGUCACCUUCAGGUAUGCUCGCCAGAUCCGGAACAUACUUUGUUAGAUCUCGAGUGACCGACGAUGACAAUAACAUCUGGCUUGACUUUGAAUGGAGUUUCAAACUCGCUAAAGAAUGGUAG